CGCAGCUCCAAAGAUACACGCUGGGUGCGCGCGCACGUGGACGUGAACGUCAGUGAGAGAGAGGGAGAGAAAAAGAGAGAGGCAGAUACAGGGAUUGAGUGAGCCGUACAGCCACUCAAAGACCGUCCCGUGGAGCUAUAUUCUCAUUACGCACAAUUACGCACCGACAGGUACUUUCUUCAGGAGAGCCCUCGGUGUGACGGGGCGGAUUCUUCAUGCAAUAGGAGGACGAGUUGUUUUCAUCCAUAUUGAGGCUUUUCAUCUUGAACAGUUCUAUAGACGAGCAGAGCCCACACAGGAAUGGUGGAUCACCUGCCCCUUGGUGAGGAGACCUUCCUGUACUACACCCGCUCUCCAGGAGCCGACUACCCCUGCUUUCACACCAGCGGUGCUUUGUCCCAGGGUGCUAUGGUAACAGACGCCUGUAUCAGUCACACUCAGCAGCCCUACCCGGGGGUGACCCUGUCCCUCUCCCCCGGGAUGACACUGUCUGAAGAUGACCUGAGUGACUCCUCCAGUCCCCGGUCAUCUCUGUGUUCCAGUCCAGAGUCUUUGUCUCCGUCCUCACACCACACGUUUGGGUCCAGCUAUGAGAGCAGGAGCAACCGCAGCAGUGGUAGCUCCUCAGGAGAAAGCCAGGACAGCCUCCUGGACCUGCUCCUGUCCCAGUCCAGCCUCAACAGCUCAGCUCCUUAUCAUCACGGCAGCACCACCUCCCUGUCCUCAGACGUCUCAUCUCCUACUUCUUCACUGUCCUCUUCACCCACUGCACCCCAGUUACCCAUGGGUCUAUCCUGGGAUUUCAAAAAAGAGCAGAGGGUCAGCCUCCAGCACCAAGCCAAAGAGGACUGCUAUGAGUUCCCUGUCUUCCUAGAUGAACUGCAAGACCCGGCAGCACUCCUCUUCCAGCCCACUUUAGAGGAGAUUGAGGAGUUCCUUGAGGAGAACAUGGUGGUAGCCAUGGGCAGAGAUGAGGAGGCAAGUGAUGAAGAAAUGUCCCAGGAUGCAGAGAUGGACAUUUCAACAACAGGUUCUGCAGAGACCACGUUAGAACAACAGACAGAAGAUCAGACUGUACCUGUGGCUUUUGCUGCUGCAAACCCUUCGUCUUCCUACACAGAGACCAAACCUACACCAGCCCUUUUGGACAAGGACAACAUACAUUUACCAAUUGACACCAAUGGCAUCAAGCAAGAGGACCAUCCUGUGCUAAAAGAGGGCACCAAUGCCCAAUCUGGUAUGCCUGUUAUCCUGCAGAUCCAGCCCAUUCAGAUCAAACAGGAACCCACCACAAGUGCAAUUUCUGAUUCUAGCAACCAACCACACCCAAAAACCCCAACCACGAAUGUCGCAUCAGACAUCAAAAUCGCCCAGCUUCUCGUCAACAUCCAGGGGCAGACAUUUGCCUUGGUGCCUCAGCUACUUCCAUCAGCAAGCCUAGCCAACGCAAGCAAAACUGGAACCAACGGCCCUUCCAAAUUCGUAAGGAUCGCACCGGUACCCAUUGCAGCCAAACCAAUCGGGCUAGGCGAAGGAGGACUAGGGGGUGGUGUGGCUGGCGGGGUUCUCGGCGGAGCUCAGAGGUACCAGAAAAGUGCCGUAGCGGACCUGAUAAAAAUGCAUAAGUGCUCUUUCCCUGGAUGCAAUAAGAUGUACACCAAAAGCAGCCAUCUCAAGGCCCAUCUCAGGAGACACACGGGGGAAAAGCCAUUCGCCUGCACUUGGCCUGGAUGUGGUUGGAGGUUCUCCCGGUCAGAUGAGCUGUCUCGGCACCGGCGCUCUCACUCUGGAGUGAAACCGUACCAGUGCAUCGUGUGUGAGAAGAAGUUUGCCCGCAGUGAUCACCUGUCCAAACACCUCAAAGUGCACCGCUUUCCACGAAGCAGCAGGACAGGCCGCUCCACCAACUGACCCCCCUGACCCCCUCUCAGACCCCCACCCAGGCCCCCACCCGCCCGCUCAGGACAGACACACAGACAGCAGCACGGGAUGGGGCAGUGGAGGAACUGCUGGGGCUACGGGACUGUACGCGUGUGAGUGAAUGUGCGUGAAGCGAGUGAGUGAAGAGAAGGGUGGCUGAGUCCAAACACCCUUUAAAACGUGUGGUGCGGGACUGGAGCUCAUGUGUUAGCCGUGUUUAUGUUCAAAUAUGUGCGCGUGACGUACAUUCUGGUACUGUGAUAAUUUAUUGGGUGACGUGGAAUGGACUGUAAAAAUAAGCCUGAUUGAAAACAGAAAACUGUUACUUGACAUAACACCUUCACAGGUGAAAUAAGCUUCUUGUAUAUUACAACUGUAUUUGUCUCAUUCAAAUCCUUUAGCUAAUCUAAUUUGAAGACAAAUGAGCUAUUGAGUGUAUUUUUACACUUUUUAAUUGUGUGUUUGACAUUUAAAAGCCUUAUUUCAGUAUAACAUCUCUGAGGGAUGUGCUCUGAACACUUCUGUGAUGCAUUGUAAAUGUAGAUGUAUAUUUGAUAUGUGAUGUAUGCCAGCAAAAGGGAAAUCAGCGGUUAUGAUGGGAAAUCAUGGCUAGGGAUGCACUGAUCCAGCUUUUUUUUUUUAUACUAUAGUAUACCGAUAUCUGCUGAUACCCUAUAUCAACCGAUACCAGUGCAGUGACUGUAACAAAUAUAUAUAUAUAUAUAUACACAUUAUGAGACUUUUUGGGCCAACUACAGCUAGUAAAGUCUUAUUCCAUCAGUCUAUAUGUCUAACCAUGAUAUCAGCUGAACUGAUAUUUGGAAGCCUAUAUCUGAUUCAGCAAAUUUAACAGUAUCAGCGUUGAUAUCCAAUACCAGUAUCAUAUUGGUGCAUCCCUAAUCGUGGCGGGGCUUACCAAAAUGAUCUAAAAAGUGUUAGAAACUGGAAUCCGAGAAAGCAUAUGAACAUGUGCAGCCUAUUGUAGCAGUAUUAUCACAGUGAUAUAGCCACGUCCCUUAUGACAAUCAUGCAGAUUGGGUCAGACAUAUCUUGUUUGGAAAUUGUUAUUUGUACCUUGUCAACCAGACAGAAAAUGAAAUUGUAAUUCUUAGUUUUGUGUUUAGAAAUAUCAUGGCCACUACAAUGCAAUAGAUUGUCCCACCCACAUUUAGCUGAGAUGAACAUUCCUUUAGCAUGAAGAAGCCUGUUGUUGUCAGUGUGUCAAUGAGUUGAAUUAGAGUCACCAGUGUUGCCUCUGUAAGUUUAUAAUUAUCUCUGGUCUUCUGCCCAACCAGAUAAUUUGGAUUUUUAUGUGUGGUAUGCCCUGGCUUACGAAUCUAAAAUCGUUCUUUCAUCUGGUUCACAAAUGUUUAGAACCAAAGAAAGCAUCAAGAUAAUGACAAACAAUCCCCCACCCAGACACAUGUGGUGCUCCGUGAGAAGAGCCACUGGGAGACAAUAUUUUGGUUAUGUAACUUUGUUAUUUACUCUAGGUUUUACUGCCUCUCAAUGGAGAAAAGAGAAGUAUAGGACAACUGGAUGUACCUGUCAAAUCAAAGUCGAACUGGAAAGUAUUAAGACAUAAAAUAGUAUCGUUUAAACAUGAUCGGGGACAUUUGGUCUAUGUUUUAAUGUAUACCUUUAUCAAACAUAUCAGCACUAUUCCUUGUGGACGGUGGUUGGCCUGAUCCUGGUUCUAUGUCCCUAAGUGCUCCGAUGCUGCUGUGACAGCUGUGAUUACAACACUGUAACUUACCAAGUGGCACUUAAUCAGUAGGUUUUCUAUGUAAAGUCAAACGAAUUAUGAAAGAAAAGCCAUAUACUAUCAAUGAACCUCAGUCAUAUAGAUGCUUUCAAAAUAAUAUCUGUUUCUAACAUACCUCACAAUAAUGUAAAACAAUGGACAAAAGAAAACACAUUUUAAACUUUUUAUAAAUAACAAGGCCCCUUAUUUAGUGUGAAGCACCGGUGAAUGUUGUGUCUUCCGCGUGUUACCAUGCUGCAUCCCUCUCGAACCAAAUAGAGGAUUGGAUCUGCUCCUUGUUCAGUAUUGUCCCAGUGAUGUGACGAAGUGUUGUCUUUAAUGUCUAUUGACAAAGCCUGAGAAAGACGCUUGUAUGGAGGAAAUGUACAGCCAUACAUCCAGAAGAAUGAGGGCCUAUUCACUGGGCCUGUGAAUGUAUGUAAAUAUUGUAUAUGCAUCCAAGAGGAGACAUGAACUAUUCUUUUAGUGAUUUCUGUGAUUGCAAAGAUUUAUAAGGCAAUGUAAAUAACGAUGAUUCAUAUAUAGUGGGUAAAAAUGCAUAAGUGUUUACACAACAUGGUUAAAGGGCUUAGAAGCGUUUCAUCCAACUAUUGGUCUUUGUGCUUCUGUAUCAUAUUGUUCAUAAUGAGCCAUCAAAUGUGCCUCUUUUAAUUGUGCUCUGUAAACACUUAAUAGGAAAAAUGUUCCAAAUGAUAUAUAUAUUUUUUGCUUUUGUUCUACAUAAAUCCAUUUACAAAUAAAAGUUU